AUGCGGACGUGCGUAACGAUAAGAGUAAAAAUGUAUUUUGUCGUGCUCGCGGCUGUCUGCCGGCUGGCACUGCCGUUGUUGCUGCUGCCGGCGGUCUUAUCGCCACCGACCGCGCUCGCCGCGAACAUUUUGGCGUUCAUGCCCAUGCCGCUGAAAAGCCAUUUCGGUGGGUUUCAGCCGAUGUUCGAGGAGUUAGCCCGACGAGGUCACAACGUCACUGUGGUCAGCGCAUUCCCGUUGACGGGCCGACGCGUACCGAACUACACCGACGUGGAUGUGAUGCCCCCGCAAGGUGUUCCCGGCUUUGACGUGAUGCAUUUGGUCAACUCGAAUUUCAUGAUUUCGGUGACGAACAGAUGGUUUUUUGCCAAUCUCUUGUCAAACCAAAUGGAGCAUCCAAAUUUGAAAGAAUUUGUGCGGUCGGAGGACAACUCGUUCGAUCUGGUCAUAAUCGAAUCGUUUCUGCAGGAAUACACCGUGGCCAUUGGCCAUAAAUUCAACGCUCCUAUCGUCAACUUAUCGCCGUCAAUGAUGUGGGUCAGUGCCAGUAAAUGGUUGCAUUUACCUGCGACAUUUUCGUAUGUGCCGGAUUGCUGCAUAGGCGUAACGGACGAUAUGAGUUUCGUGGAGCGUAUAAAAAACACCAUCGUCGGACUUAUGGAAAUGUUCGUGGAAGACUACCUGUAUAUUCCUAUGAUAAAGACGCUUAUGAGUAAGCACUUUUCAUACGCUGGUUGGCAGUCGAGACCGACGCUCGAGCAAAUGCUGAAUAACGUGUCACUAACGCUGAUGAACGCUCACCAUGCGACCGGGGUGUGUCGACCGUAUCCCCCAGGUGUUGUCGAAGUAGGAGGAAUGCAUAUCAAAGAGCCGAAACCGUUACCAAAAGAUUUACAAGAUUAUAUCGAUUCCGCUUCUUAUGGUGUUAUAUUUUUCUCUUUUGGUUCAAUCAUAAAUCUAUCAAACUUAUCAAAAGAAAAAUUGAAUAGUUUUCUCAAUGUCAUCAGUCGUUUAAAACAAAAAGUAAUUAUAAAAUGGGUACCAGACAAAAGUAUAAAAUUGCCACAUAAUGUUAUGGUCGGUUCGUGGUUGCCUCAGAAUGAUAUUUUAGCUCAUUCAAACGUAAAACUUUUUAUUACUCAUGGGGGUUUACACAGUAUCGAGGAAGCUGUGUAUAAUGGAAAACCGGUGAUUGGCAUACCAUUUUUUGCUGACCAAUUAUCGAAUAUGAGGCUAGUCGAAAAAAACGGCUAUGGAAGGAUGAUAACUUAUGAUAAACUAACCGAAGAAUCAUUUGGAAAAGCAGUUGAAGAAGUAUUAACAAAUCCGACGUUUAAAGAAAAGUCAAUGAUCCAGAAUCAGGUGUACAGGGAUCAACCGACGAAACCUUUAGAUCGUGCUGUAUACUGGAUAGAGUACGUGAUUCGGAACGAUGGAGCUAAAUAUCUAAAGAGUGACUCUUUAGGACUAAACACUGCGCAGUACUUUUUGUUUGAUGUAACAUUAUUUUUAAUUUUACUAACAGCAAUUAUUACUUGGUUGGGUUACCGUGGAAUCAUUAAGGUUUUAUCGAAAUGUAUAGCAAACUGAAUCUAAAAAAUUAUUUUUUUUAGUGUAGAGUACCUAAUUCUUAUAUACAUUGACUUUAUUGUUAUUUCCAUGUUCGCAUACGAUAGAAAUAAUAUUUAUACAUUUUUACAUUUUCGCAUAUAGUUAUAAAUUAUAAUUUGGAAGGAUGAAUGUUGUGUUGAUGAAUGAUGACUUUCUAAGUGAUCGUUUAUAUUCAUGUAUAUAAUAAUGUGUAUGUACACAACAGUUUAAACUUUAUUCAGAUUUAAAUUCUAUAUAAAAUACAUUUUUUUUUCUCUUUAAGUUGUUAUGGGAUAAUUAUUAAAAAUAUUAUUGUAAAAUAGACAUAAGAAAUUGUAUCAAAAUAAAGUUUAAGUACAUAUAAAAUAGUAUAAUAAGUAUGUUAAAUGCAUAUAUAUGUAAAUAUAUUUAUAACAUAUUAUAUUAUUUAUAUUUGCA